AUGAUCGCAUCCUAUUAAUUAAUUAAUAAAUCAUAUUAUUCAACAACCAAAGACAGCUUAAAAAUAAAAGAAACCUUCAAAGAAGCAUUCAGAAAUUCAACCAAAUAAGACUCUUGA